AUGAGCUCUACCGGACCUCCCGCCGACGCAAAGCAGGCCCAAGCCGCCGCGCUGGCUGAGCUUGAAGCGGCGCAGCGCAAGAAGCGCGCCAUCGACACGACGCUGGCCAAUCUCGAAGCGUCGAUUUGGGCGUUCGAGGGCUCGUACCUUGAAGAGACGGCGGCGAGCGGCGGCAACAUUAUCAAGGGCUUUGACAAUUACCUCAAGCCGCCCGCGGCUGGCACCAAGAAGAAGAUGGACGCGAGCGAGGCGGACCGCCUCUUCUCGACUAGCAGUGUUACAUUCCAGCAACCGCUGCCGAAGUAGUGUACAACCUGUUUGCUGGAUUACAAGCUGGCUUGCACUCGCCGCCCGGCCCGGUCCACUCCCCGGACACGGUUAGUUCCUUUCCGCAUCCCCCGCGCACCCUGCCGCUCCCAUCUCGCUCCUGACAUCUCCUGCCCGCUCGGGACACCGCCCGCCUCGUUCUCGUUGUAGUUGAUUCAAUGUACAGUAGUCUAG